AUGCCUCACAGCGCAAGAGAAUUCACCGAUAUAACAGCACUUUUGAAACUCAUUCUCAAUGGAUAUCCGGGUAACGCUGCCAUCCUUCGAGAAUACCUGCAAAACAGCGACGAUGCCGUGGCGACCAUUCAGCGUUUCGUUCUCGAUGAACGGAAAUUCUCAGAUCAGAGUCUCGUCGACCCGUACCUGAAAAAUACUCAGGGACCUGCCCUCAUAGCAAUGAAUGACGGGCUUGUUAGGGAGGAGGAUUGGCUAGCUCUAAGGAAGAUAAAUUCCUCCAGUAAACAAGCCGAUGCGUCCCAGACAGGCAAAAAUGGACUUGGGUUCCGCGCAUCGUAUCAUAUUACAGACAACCCGCAUAUUCUCUCUGGAAGGACACUGAUGAUCUUUGAUCCCCAUCAUGAGUUCGAGAUCCCAAAUGACGGCGGCGUUAGCAUUGACCUUCCCGAUGAAGGUCAUGAAUACGCCGAUCAACUCUUACCUUUCGCGUCUUACAGACCGUCGGGCGAAGCCGUGGACUUGAAGGAUUUCUUCAACGGAACUGUAUUUCGUCUCCCUCUUAGAACGGCAGAUCAGGCCAAACGCAGCAAAAUCAAAAGCACGACGACCUCUGUCCAGGAUAUACGAGAUGUUUUUGACGAGUUUAUUACUCACGGAAUGGAAGAAGCUAUCCUAUUCCUCAGGCACAUUACCACUAUUGAAUUUAUUCAUAUCGACCCUGCUGGAAAGGAGACGUGCCUCUCAAAGAUCAUUGUUGAUCGACCCAUUCCUUCACCCACUCCAACAUCGUUCAAUCGUCGUACGACCACCAUUUCUAUUAAUGGUAACGAGACGUCGCGCAACUGGAAAUUUCACUGCAUUAAUCACACGAUUGCACAUGCCAAGGGCGUUCUUGAAAGUCGAUUGGGAUAUGACAUCGAGGAUAGUUUGACGCGGGAAAAGCUUUCACCCACAAUUGAAAUUGCGUAUCCUCUUGGAGGGCCUCUUGUCCGUGGCCGUCUUUUUACUCUCCUUCCUAUUCCACAACGCACUGAAUUUCCACUCCAUCUCAAUGCGGUGUUUGCCCUUGAUCCCAAUCGACAGCACCUUAAGAAUAUCCAAGAGGUCGGCUCUGGAAAAUCGCGAGAAAGGUUUCUUGUCGAGUGGAACAAGAUUAUAUUCAACACGUGGACCCCAGAUAUCUGGGCCAGAUUCUUGGAGGAUCUCCCUUCUGAUGUCUUGAACACGUCGCAAUGGUCGCUCUGGCCCCCUGAAGCACUGGGAGAAGAUUGUUAUUGGAGAGAUUUAAUCACCUCGCUGACCCAAGUAAUUGUCAGCCGCCGCCUGACUGUUUUUCCCACUGUCAACAAAUCGAGCCCUGUCCGUCUUGAUGACCCCAACGUUGUGGUCGCUGCCGCAAAUGUGGGCAUCCCAUUUGACAUCCUUUCGCGUUUUGGAAUUCUUAUAGUACAACCCCCGACUCACAUUCUGAACCCACUCGUCUCUGUGGCACCGGAUGUCCGCAUGCUUAACCCCUCAUCUUUGCAUCGUCUUUUUUCUGAGAAGCCACAAGGAUAUUAUGACCAAUUUGAACCGUCUGAUCUGCGGAUCCUUCUAGAUUAUCUCGUGUUUUCGCCAUCGGGAAAUCUACAGUUUAUCCAUGGCCUACCGUGGUUCCGGCUCUCUCACGAUGGUGGCCAUGUAUCUCUCAAAAUGAAGAACUCCGGUACACUAUAUCUCGUAUCUCUGACACCGACAGAGGCUACUAUAUUUUGCACACAUACUACUUUGUUGGCUUUCGACACAAUGUCUGACAAAUUACGAAACAAACUUUCUUCAACGGACAUCCUGAAUGUCGGUGUUCUCAAAUGCUCCGACAUUUCAUCAUUCUUGCAACAGCGAUUAGCCCAUCUCGCAUCUACUGAUGAUGAGAUUCUGGAAGCACCCGUGGAUCAUCAGUGGAUCGUCGACUUCUGGUCGUGGAUUAUCUUAUGGAAGGACGGUACAAAAUUCUUCAACGAGUAUCUGAAUGGCCUCUCAGGCCUAUUUUUACUACCAACUUCAAGAGGAACGGUCCGUAGGCUUUCAUCUCGCAUAAUUCAUUUUACAGAGGGCGAGACCUUUAUUGAAGCAUGGAAAGUGUUGGGUAUAUACCCAAUCAGCCCCGAAGUACCCCACUCUGUUGUAGUCCAGUUGAGAGGAAUCGGAUACAUUCCUACCGUUCGCACAUGGCCCUACAUUGCAUUUUUAAUCAAAAACUCCAAUAUCUCUCUGAAAAAUGUCUCCGACGAGCUAUGGAAAUCAACUAUGACAGAUAUUCGAACAUCUCUCUUCGAGUCAUUGCCGCGCUCAGCUGGAUCGGCCUUAUCCCUAGCGGAAAGGACCAAACUCAGUUCUUUCCCUGUCUUUAUGACCAGAGGGAAGCCCGGUAGCGCAUCACAAAUGAAUCCCAUUGCUGGCUAUUGUCGCUAUGUGGAUGUUGACGACAAUCUUCCCUUACCGCGCCUUAAGGCUUACCCAAAUGUGAUCUAUGUCGACAUGCGAGAUUCUGUGACGCGGUCUCUUCUAAAACUGGUUGAAAGUAGCAAUAUCUCGGUUGAGACUCAAUUUGAACUUCUCCAGCUUGCCGUCGAUAACUGGGAACAACAACCCCAAGACCAUCAAGAUGUGUUUAUUGGAUGCAUUUUUCUGAACUCCUAUCAAUUACCUCCAAGGCUCCGAGCCUCGCUCGAUGAUAUCCCUUUUGUUACCGUCAACAAUCAUCCGGAUCGUGUUGCUCCAAAGAACCUAAUCCAUCCUCAUUCAUUGCUUUCUGAUCUAUACAUCGGCGAGCCAGCUAAGAUGCCUACUGGGAGAUUUUGCGAGAAGGACUACCUCAACAUCAUGAUCUCAUUUGGGUUUCUUCGACACGAGGUGGACCAGCACGUUGUUGAGGAUCGGAUUCAGUACUUUGCAUCGUCCUUGCACGCUGACCCUCAGUUACACCAAAAAGCCGUCAAUUUCUUGAUGCUCCUUGAUCGCUUCUGGAGUCCAGGUUUCAAAGCCUUUGUUGCAUGCAACAGAGACAAGGCUUGGAUCCCUGCGCCUGGGUCAUCCAAACUGAUCACACCUUUGGAAUGUCGCGAUAAGUACUCACAUGAUACUCACGCUCAUCGUUAUUAUUACGAUCUUACGCUGACUAUACUUGAUUCAACUCUGAAUAACUCUCUGAGAGAUGCUUUGGGCUGGUGCGCCCCUGUCCCCCGACAUGUUCUCCUAGCUCAGUUCAAAUCCACGUUGGAGAAUGCCGCGAUACCCCCUGAAGGGAGAUCUAUUAGACUGAUAAAAAUAAUCGUCUAUAUUGACAAAUUACUCGCGGAAUGUCAAUUUCGAGAUGAUUUUCUACGCGAUCUUCAAAAUCUGGUAUCUGGUCGACGAUGGAUCCCGACUAAUCAAGUGCCAGAUAAUUUGGCUGAGACACAAUAUGCCUUGUUCGACAAUACUCAGCUGCGGACUCCGUUCUGCGCUAUAGAUAACAGACUGCAGCGCGUUCACUUUUUACAAUUAAUGGGAUGCCAAAAAAGGCCUCCGAUGCCAUUGCUACUAGCGCAAUUGAACAUGAUCAUUGGUGUACUUCCCAUGAAUGAGAAUGUCUACUCAUUUGCGUCUGUUCUGGGGCGAGAGGCCGCAAUAUCUAUUCUAAAUGAAAUUGCUACCUACCACCAGAACAAAAUUUCUCAAAACGUCAUUUAUUUACCUUGCGAAAAUGGGCAAGCCCAUCCUGCAAAUGAUGUGUACUUUCAAGAUGUUAAGUCAAGGUUUCUUUCUUCAGCGGUCCAAGGGAAAUUUGCAGUACAUAGCUCAAUAUCAAGCGCACUGGCGAAAUCUCUCGGUAUCCCAUUGCUCAGCUCUAUUGCUCUUGGAGACGACGAUGACGAAGAUAACGAAGAGCAGGAAGAGCAAAUGGGUGAGGAUUUUGUCACGCGAAUAAAAGGCUUCCUUCGAGACUACGACCCCAAAUAUGCCAUCACAGAGUUCAUUGCAAAUGCUGACGAUGCCUGGGCCAAGAAAUUCUCCUUACUUCUGAGCAAUGGUGUUGCUCGAUCGGUCCGAGAGCGAGUGGUGUCUCCUCAAAUUCAACGUCUUUUAGAUUGGCCUUUCCUCGCUCUUCACAACGAUGCAAAAAUGUCACCAAAGGAUAUGUCGGGUAUUCUUAAGGUUGGGACCGGUGGAAAGGGUCGCAACAUGGAUACACAUGGACGGCAUGGGCUUGGUGCCUUAAACUUUUACUACUUUACCGAUGUAGCCACUAUAAUCUCUGAUGAAAGAGUUUUAAUUCUCGAUCCAUCGGGGAGUUAUCUGCCCCCGUUCAAAAGCCGACGUAAACGCACGGCAACCUCCAAGAAUCUUUCGAGUUUUAUUAGCUCCUACCCAGACCAGCUUUCGCCAUACAAUGACCUUUUUGGAUUUUCAACAGCGGAGUCCCGGUAUAACGGCACUUUGAUCAUACUACCCCUUUGUGCGACUAUAACCGAAAAGGCGUCAGACCUUGUGCAAACACGGCAAUAUAUCGAGUCCUCCUACAAAAAAAUUGCCCAAAAUUCACUGUUUUUUAGUACUCACCUACAGAGUAUAGCUGCAUUCGAAGCCACAUAUGGAAAUAUUCGUGCUUGCUUCUGGGAGUGUUCGACAAGAAGGGACCCAGGACAGUUGGUCGGCAACAUCAAUAUACAGAAUAUGCAGCUCAGCCUAGGUCGCAACCAUGCCAUCCCAGCAGGGGAGACCCCAGAAAAUUGGGUUAUAGCCACAUCCGAUACUGGUGAGGUUCCGCAACAGCAUCUAAAGACUGCCGCCGCCAUGAAGAUGGAUCCAUGCAAUGUCAAAGUCCAGCUUGCUGUCUGCGUUGCUAAGGUCGAGCAAGACCCGAAUUUUGAAGGAUAUACAUUUUCAACUGUCCCACUUCCCAAGUCGACUUCACUUCCAUUCCACCUGAAUGCAAGAUUUGCAAUAUCGUCGAAUCGUCAGAACCUCGUUAUCAACUCAGCCGACGGUCAAGACCAAAAAGACUCUCAUACGUCUUUUAACACAUGGAUUCUUGACUACCUCAUCGCUCCACUAUAUCUGAAAACACUUGCGUACGUUAUCCAGAAUAAUGCACAGCGCCCAAAUAUGCGACCAAGCAAUCGCUGGUGGCACCUUCGUGGUUCUGAUGAUGUAUCUAACAUAGUCACGGACGGCGUCCAUCGUUCCCUGCCCCACUCACCUGCUCCAAUUAUCGAGGAUUGUACCAAUAGAUGGAUUACUUUCUCGCAGUCCAUCUUUUCCAUUCAUGAUCAGGAAGGCGUUGAAUAUAUCCUCAAAAUGUUGCAGGUUCCUUUUUUCGUGACAUCUGAUCGCUAUAGACCUUUUUCACGAUUGCACUCUGCCAAACGUCUUGAACCUUCCUUCGUCAAAAAUGCUCUUCUGCAGAAUACCAGUAAAGUUCUUUCCGAUAAUGGCGGAUUGAUCAAGAGCUCUAUACUUGCAACAUUGCAGUAUCUUUGUGCCGAAACGUCGCUGGUUGGAUUGCCGCUACUGCUCCUUGCCCCAGACUGCCGCAUCUAUGAGAUCCCUGGGAAAUCCCACGAUCCUGUAUAUGUAGUAGACCGUUCGCUCUGGUCUGCCUUUCCCUCUUCACGCUUGUUGGCAGAGGGGUAUAGUGAGGACGUUAUAAAUCGUUUAAUAAGCGAUUGCGCAGUGAACAUACACAGCUUGACGGAGGAAAAUAUUAUCGACCUCAUCGAGAAGGAACUGCGUCACCAGGAAUCAAGACAAAGGGUCCAAUGGAUAUCGCAAUUCUGGGAUACAUGGUACAGAUACAUGCCGGGUCCACCUAGUCUUGAUCAUUUGAAGCGAAGCGGACUUCAGAUAGUCCAAACAAGAGCAUCAACAGUAUUGCCCUUGUCAGAAUGUACCUCAGACCGCAUUGUUUACAACAAGGUCAUUUCGGAAGAGCUCCUUGACGUUGUAGGCUUAUUGGGUAUAGAUGUAGUCAAACCCAUUCACAAUUCACCUUUGGACGAAUUUCUUUCCCCAUUGUUUCCAAAUCUUUUGGUCAACAUUGUCCAGUGCAUCCAUAAAAUUGGCUUUCACACUCUUUCCUCCCUUCCUGAAGCAAAGAUGAAAGUGUUCUCGGAAUGGGCAAAACAGCGGCUACCGUCGGUUUUAUCAUCCUGGAACACAGGAACAUGGACCACGUCGUCGACCAUGCAAAAAAGGGAUUGGGCAGAACUACCUAUAUGGACGGCGUACAAAAAUGGGGAACUGGUUUAUAGAUGUGCAGCCGACAUUGAUGUCCUUCCUGUUCAUCUCGACGUCGCCCAUGUCCUGCCGUUUAUGAAAAAGGAUUCUCUAUUGGCUUCAUGUUCUGCCCAACUGAAUGCUAUGAUUCAGUAUUGCUUAGGCCGCGAUAGUCCUACGCUCUCAGCCGUACAGGUAAUGUCUAAGAUCACUCUUCCCGCGAAGCUGACGUCGAGGGAAGAAAUUGAUAAAAUGAAAAAUUUCCUCCGUUCAAUGCUUCGCUAUCAUAAAUUGGAUCCAAUAUAUAUCGGAUUAAUGGUUCCCGACCAACAGGGAGUCCUCAGGCGGAUCGAUGAGCUCUAUGAUUCUGGAAAUUGGCUCUUUUCGGCGACCCUGAUUUUUACUCCACAAUCGUCAUUCCUUCAUGAAGAAUUUCAGAUGAUUUGCGACUGGAAAAACUACGGGUUAAUUCAAAAAGUUGACUUGACCACCAUUUGUCACUGUUGCAAUGCUAUCGCGAGUGCCUUCAGCCAAUAUGGACCAGGACACACAAAUUGGUCACGUGUCUGCGCUAUGUCUACAAAAGCAUUUUUGGCAUAUCAGGAGGAAAUUCCUCCCUUAAUAUGGAAUCAUGCGAACUUACGGUCUGUGUGGGCAUCUCUGGACUCGAUUCAAUUCGUUCAAAGAAAGGAUAUUCGCAGACAGGGCCUAUCAUACCACAUUCAAACUCAUUACUGCGCUCAAGACCUUCCUCGUCUUGUAGCGCCGUCACAGCUUGUCCUCGCGAAGUUCGAACCAGUAGCUUGGACGCAACGCGGACUAUUUUUGUCCGAACCAUCUGAACCCCUUAGCCGGUCUAAUACAGCGCUGGGGGUUCCGAGUACCGCUGAGGUGGUCGCUCACCUAAAGACUUUGACGACCGUUAUAGCGCUUGAUCACCCCGGAGACUUGACGCUGCUGUCAGAUAUCAAGGAAACGUAUGCAUGGUUGAAUGAUCAUUCAUAUGAUGCCAAGAUUCACCUUCAAGCCAUUCAAGCCGAGAGGAUAUUUCUAAACGUAUCCGAUCCCACAAGUGAGUCUUGGAGUGGAAAAUGGGUCUCUGCAAAGGAGGUUGUACUAUAUCUCCAGUACGACGUCAAUCCCCUCGUUUACGCACGCGAAUUUCUUCUGCUAUUCGAGCCGCUACUUCUUGCCGCUGGAUGUAAAUCUUUGAAGGAGACCGAUAGGAAGCCUGUCGACAUUCCCAAUCCCUCUACAGAUGCUCAAUUUAAACAGUGGAAAGACAGGCUCAACUCCCUGCGAUUAUCUGGGACCUGCACGGAUGUUACUCUUGUACCAAGAAAUAGUUUUCAGGAUACGGUGCAUGUGGAUGUAGAUCUCACAAAGCUUAGAGCACAUCGUGUCGUUUUGGCAGCCGCAAUUCCUCAUUUCUUCACUAUGCAGUCGUGGAAGGAGGCCAAAGAUAACUUCAUCGAUACCCAUGGGACUUCGUUUGGCGCAAAAGCUGUCCUCGAUUUUGUCUAUACGGGAGAGAUUGAAUUGUCUGCCAAAACAGAAGACAAAGAGAAGCUGUUGCACCUGAUGCGGGAUUUACUCGAGGUUUUUCUGAUAGCUGAUGAAUGGAACAUGAACGAUCUCAAAGCGAAGAUACAACAUGAAAUCAUAUACAAGCACGAUAUGAUUCGGCGCUUGCCGGAACAUUUCAACAUCCUUCUCGAGAAUGCCAAAAUUUACAACGCUGAUAUAUUAAUUGAAGAACUUGAACGGUUUGAAAAUAUGCAUCGCGACCUUUUACGGAGACUUGAACAGUCCAUUGAAGUUGAAGGAACACAAUCGUGA